AUGAAUAGAGAACUUGUACUUAAAAUUGCCCAAAUGUUGGAUACUAUAAUGGGCAAGUUUUUGAUCCAAUAGAAGGAAAUUUAAACUAUUGUUUAUAAUGUGAUAAAUCUUGUUAAACAUGUGAUGGUAAAACUUCUUAAAAUUGUUUAUCUUGUUAAAAUUCUUAUUACCUUUUCUAAAAAUAAUGUUUGGCUUGCCCUUAAUAGUGCUUAAACUGUAAUUAGAAAAUGUAAUGUUUAAGUUGUACCUAAAAAUAUCCUUAUUUUUAUGAGAACUAAUGCUUCAAGUUAUAACCAGCUAACACGUUUUGUGAUCAAAGUAAAGUUUGCAAAAAUUGUUACAAGAACUGUUAAACUUGUUAAGGAACAACUGAAAAAGAUUGUUUAAGUUGUUAUCCAUCAUUUAAACUAUAAUAAAAUGAAUGCUUUUGUUCUGAUAACUCAUAAUUUUACAAUAAUUAAACAGAUAAAUGUGAAUUUAAAGAUGUAUCCUUAUUUUCCUAAUCUACUAAACAAACUAUUUAAAGUGCUGCUGGAAAUAUUAACUCAGCUUAAAUAGGAAUUUCGUUCACUUUUGUAAUAACAUAAGGCUUAACUAAUUCAGGCUCUUCUCUUUUAUCUUAGAUGCUCACAAUUCAAAAAAUAUUUUACAUGCAAUUAGUUAACAUAGGCAAUCCUAAUUUUUUGUAUAAUUUCAUGA